AUGUCCAAGGAAGCAUGUGUGGUGGUGCUGGACGUGUCUGCAGGUAUGGCCACGGUCGGCACCAAUGGUCACUCGCAUCUCUCAUCGGCCAAGACUCUCAUUGAUCUCUUUCUCAAGGCCAAGCUCAUGCAUCGGAAGAAUGAUGUGGUGGGCAUUGUUGAAGUCGGUCGCACCGGCGGCGGUGGUAGUGGUGGCGGUCAUCCGGCUUUGUCGUACUUUAGUGAUGUGACUCUGCGCACUGAUGUGAGCAAGCCGACAGUCGAUCUCCUCCUUGCUGUCCCUCACAUAUCGGUGGCUCAGUCAAAGGGUGAUGCCCUGCAUGGUGUUCUGGUGGCGUUGGACUUGAUCGACGGGUUUUGUGGCAAGCGCAAGUGGGCAAAGCGCGUCAUGCUCAUUACAAACGGUCUCUCCUCGCUGGAUCCGUCCAACCUGCCUACGCUUGCUAUGCGCUUUGAAGAAGUCGGCGCCUCGCUCUCGCUCAUUGGCAUCGGCUUUGACGAGUUUGACGACGACGAGAUGGCCGUACCGGGCUUUGAGGCCCGCCAGGCGGCUCGGACCGACAAGCCGCCGCUGCUGCUCGCCAACGAGGCGCUCUACCGCGACGUGUGCGCCUCUGUCGACGCCACCUUUGUCAAUCUCAAGUCAGCACUUGCCCACAUGUCGGCGUUCCGGUCCAAGGACACACUUCAGCGCCCGUCGUACACUGGCACGCUCGACGUCGGGCCGGGCAUGGCUAUCGGCGUGUAUGGGUACACCAAGACCAUGCGGGUCACACUCCCAUCGGCGACCAAGCGGUCGCUGGAAGCCGGCGCUGACUCGCAAGGCAAGGUCGAGAUGCAGACCUCGUACCGUCGUAGCGACGACGACUUGACAGAGCUGGAAAAGGACAAAAUCUGCAAGGGCUUCCGUCUCGGCCAGUCGAUCGUGCCGUUUUCGGCCAUCGACGAGAGCGUGCUCAAGUACUGCGCGCCCAAGGCGCUCAAGGUGCUCGGCUUUGCACCAGCCAAGCAAGUCUUCCGCCAUCAGUACAUGUCCAACAUCACGUGUCUGGUGCCGACGCCCAACUCGCCCGAGUCGGCGACGGCGCUCCACUCGCUGAUCAUGGCGCUGUACGAGACCGACCGCAUCAUGCUUGUUCGCUUUGUGGCCCGUAACAACUCUGCGCCGCGGCUCGGCUUCUGCUGGCCGUCGGUGGAGGAAGAUGGGCUCUGCCUCUACUACUCGCACUUGCCGUUCAUGGACGAUGUGCGCAACUAUGACUUUGCCUCGCUCUCACUCAUCCAGGGCAACGUGCCCAACAAGGCGCAGCUCGACGCCGCUGAGGCGCUCAUCGACUCGCUCGACCUCAUGACCGCGCAAGUGGACGAGGACGGCGAGGCUGUAGAGGCGCUCAAACCGGAGAACACCUACAACCCGGUCAUGCAGUACUUUUACCAGGUUGUUCAACAUCGAGCGCUGCAUCCGGACGACACGGCGCUCCCGCCAGUCGACCCGAUCAUAUCGGCCUACAUGCAGCCGGACGCCAAUCUCUUUGCCGCUGCUGCACCGGCCAUGGCCGCCUUCAAGGAGCUCUUCCCGCUCGUGCCGGCCGAGAAGACCAAGAAGCGACGGGCGCGGUUCUGGGCUGUUGACGGCGAUGUCGGCGUCGGUGGAAGCGACGUUGCAGGUCCAUCGUCGACUGUUCCCGGCGCCACAUCCGGCGCCUCCUCGGCGGCUGCCUCGUCGGCUCUGCUCACCGGCGACGGCACGCUCGCCAAACGCCCGCGUGUCACUGGAGCUGCGGAUGUCUCGGUUGACUCGAUCCUGGCACAGGCCGUCUCGCAAAUCACCUCGGUUAAUCCGGUCGCCGACUUUGAGGCCAUGUGCGCGCGCCGCGACGAGGAUCUUGUCAACACCGCCAUUGCCCAGUUGGCAGCCAUGAUCGAGAGCCUUGUCGACACCUCGUUCCGCGCCGCCUACUACCCCAAGGCCCUCGAGUGCCUCGUCGCUCUCCGGGCUAUGAGCAUUCUCCAGGAGGAGCCCGGCGCGUUCAACGCGCUGCUGCCCAAGCUCCGCGCCAAGUACGCGACAGGGCGCAAGGCCGAGUGGUGGGCGUCGGUUGUCGACGCACGUGUCACGCUCAUCUCCUCCGACGAGUGCGCCGAGGCCACCGUCUCAGCUGCCGACGCUGCCGCCUUUCUCGCUGGCGACAGCGAUGAAGUGCCUGCACCAGCGCCCGAGGCGCCUGCCGACGACGGCGACGCGACGACGGCGACGACGAGGACAUCUUUGGCAUGCUAG